AUGGACCAUAUUCCUCAAGCACUCGACAAUCCUCAUCCUCGCAUUCAAGUCCCGUUUGUGGUGACCGAGCAGUUUGAGCAAGUCAUUUGCCACCACGAGGACGUCCAAGCAGAAAUCGAUCACGACGGUGACGGUGACGGUGACGGCGACCAAGACCAAGACCAAGACCACGACCACGACCACGACGAUGACCAAGACCACGACGAUGACCAUAACCAUGACCAUGAUUCCCGAGCCUCGUUCCUGGUAAUCACCAAUGGCAGUGGCAGUGGCAGUGGCAGUGGGAACGAAAUUCAAAUUGUUCGGAAAGAAGCCGAUAUCUUGAGCUUCUACCAAGCCAGAUGCUUCUUCGGUCUCCUGUGGGACCUGUACCGCGUCGCUGGGCGGCAGCUCGAAUUCGACCCUGAACACUACCUCGAGCGGCAGGAUGUGGAUGCCGACUCAAAGGCAGCAGUGAUCAUCAGUACGAAGGGGCUUCUGAUGGAGCUUGACAUGAUUGCUUCGACAGGACAAAGUCUGCCGGAUGAUGCGAAGAUGGAGAAAUUCAUCGAACUGGACCGGUGCAUUCGAGUGGCGCAAAACCUGACCGCCCAGCUACAAUCGUACGUUGCUGAGAGGUCAGAUUCGGAGUUACAAUCGUACGUUGCUGAAAGGUCGAAUUCGGAUUCGGAGUCGGAUUCGAUUGAAAACUGCGACCAAGGCCGUGGUGACAUGGUCACAUCACAGAAAGAAUUCGUGGUUCUGCAGGCGGUGGUCGAGUCCACCGCCGUGCUGGGCGAGACCAUCCUCACGGCCGCACGGCACAUAUAUCUGCCAUCAUCGUCGGUUUCAGCAUCGGUGCUCGAACCAAUCUGGAGCGGAGACCUCCCUCCAGCACCUCGAGCAUUGUUGUGCAUGGACCGCUUCCGGAAAUGUGGGUGGUGUCCGCGACAAGUCGCAGAGACGUUCGAGACAGUCCUGGGAUCUAGGUCGGUUUUGUAUUCGCUCAGUUCAAUAGACAAGAAGAGUGCGUCGCAUGGGAACCACGAACACUGUUCUGCCGAAACGUGCGUGUUGGAAGAUAUUGACAAUGACACAUAUCGGCCUCUGCACACGCCGGAUUGUGGCGGCGGCAGUCAUUGUCCGCUGGUUCCAGAAGCUGCAAAAUUGGGCGCACAGAAUGAGGCUUCGACCAUCAUCGCACGGAUGAUCCAGGAAGGUUGCAUCCCAGCCAUCAAUCUCGUGGAGCAGCCGGGUUCGACUCCUCUGUUGAACAUCAAAGCUUACCACCGCCAACCAGGUCACCAACUUGAAAAGGGCCGUCCCGGUCCAGGUCCGAGGAAGCGGAAGCGAUCGAGUCAGGGAAGUGACACGAUGGAAAGGACCGCGAUACUCCGUGAUCCCGUUGUGAAAGAUGAUACGCGCGCACACGAACACAAGAGAGCACCGACCACUCUAGACACUGAGAGUACAAGUCUGGAUGAACUGGCGAGGCUCGACGAUGUCGAUGUCGAUGUCGAUGACGAAGAUGCUGACAAAGACGAAGAUGAACAUAGAUGCCAUCAGUAUAUCGCCAUCUCCCAUGUUUGGAGUCAGGGACUGGGCAAUCGCAACAUCAACGCAAUCCCCCUAUGUCAGCUGCGGCGACUGCAAAGGUUUGUGGACCUUAUGGUUCCUGAACAUCUGCAGCCCAUGCCGUUCUGGAUCGACACCAUUUGCGUGCCACUGGAUCCGACGACCCGAACCAUGGCCAUCAAGGAGAUGCGGACCGUGUACCGGGAUGCUUUGGCCGUGUUAGUGAUUGACGGCACACUGACCGAGCUGGAUUUGGAUUUCUCCGAGACCCAAACUCAAGAGUGCCAACGGCCAAGGCCCAGAAUGGCAAAUUGGCAGCUCGAGCUGCUGAUGAGAAUCCGCGUUUCGCCCUGGGCACACCGGUUAUGGACGUACCAUGAAUCAUGGCUGGCUCGAGACAUGUACUUUCAGAUCGGCGAGAAGGACACGCCGGCGAUUCAUUCCCGAGACAUUGUCGUUCCCAGACUACAGAAGACGUUGAAUCCCUAUCCCUCCCGCCAUAAGGAGAAGACGAGAGAAAAGGAGGUGGAGAGACAGCUCGACCUCGUCGAACUCUCCGACUCAGACUCGGGAACGGAGGACACGAAGGAAGACCAGAAGCAGAUGGUAAGAGCCGUGCUCCCGCUCGAAUAUACGGCUGCCUACCUCCUCGUCGAGGCCAGCGCACUUCAGCUUUUCGGCGGGCUUUCUUCCGAGGAUGAAUCUGAAGCCGACGGCUUCCACCAGGAUCUCCGAGAUCUGAGCCGUCAGCUGGCUUUGCGUACCACCUCUCGCCUACAGGACGAAGCCAUCUGCCUGGCUACAUUGCUUGGAUUGGAGGCCGCGGCCGUCAUGACCGACGCCAACGGCGAACCCGUGUCGGAUGAGGACAGGAUGAAGAGACUCUGGGAGAUCCUGGAGGCGGAUCGUAUUCCUGCCGAGAUCCUGUUCUGCAAUCGACCGACGUACGGCGAUCGCGGGUGUGGCUGGAUGCCCAGGAGCCUGCUGAGGGAUGAUCGGGGGAACCCAAUCAACCGUAUGCGCUGUGGACAGGCACUGGCGAAGCAUGCCGAACAUGGAAUCCUCGUGGAAAUGGGCGGGGUUGCGUUUGAGAUUCCACAAAAUGCCGGUACUAGUACUGGUACCAGUGGUGGUGGUGGUGGUGGCGAUGGCGAUGGCGAUGGCGAUGGUGAUGGACCUGGUCUCAACAUGUCUCCCUGGGACGUGGUACUCGACAUUGCAGGGUACAAAUAUCGAUUGGUACAGGUGGAAGCGUCCGCGCCGAUGCAUGAUUGGAGGUCAUCGUCAUCCUUUCCCACAGGCAACGGCGCAGGAAAGGCCAAGGCCAAGUUCGCCGUAUUGAUGUGCCAGAACGAGCUGAGGAUGCUCUUGGACAAGGUCGAAGACAGGCUGGACGGAUCGCUCAGCCACUCUAGCGACUUGCCGUUUGGCUUGCUCGUCACUGUCCUGGAGAACCCGAUCUUGCAUGGUUCACCGGGUGAGGCUUCUGCUCCUCCGUCCUCGCCCUCGUCCUCGUCCUCCGGAGGAGGAGAGGAGGGAGGAGAUGGCGGCUCGGCCUCUUUCGGCGUGGCCUACGUCCUUCAGAGAGAAAUGGUCGAGUUUGAGAUCGUGUUGGACGAUGAUGAUGAUGAUGAUGAUGACGACGACGACGACGACGACGACGACGAACCGAGCAGUCGAGGUGGGAGUGAAAGUGAAACCGAAAGCGAUACACCACUGGAAAUCUCGACGGAUGACGAGUCGUCUAGGCUGAACCUCCACGGUAAGCCGGCCGCACUUGUUCACACCCAAGUCUUCUCUCCCGAAACUAGAAGUUGGUGGGUUGGCUAG